CCCCCUUGCACAGCACUCCCAGUGGAGCUCCCACCUGGCUGGGCAGGGGGCACCUGUCCCUUGCAGGUGGGGAAGGGGAAGGGGACCCCAUCCUGCCUUGGCUCUCUGGUUGAUCCCCCUUCUAGCCAGACCGCUGACCAACACGUGGACCCAUUUGGUGGCCGAAGCCCUGCCAUGUCCAUCCUGGCGGCGCUGGGCGACUCGGAGCGCAUGGCGGCCGAGGACAUCAUGCUCAACACGCGGCAGGUGAUGAAGGGGCUGGAGGCGCUGCGCGGCGAGCACCGGACCCUGCGCCAGCGGCUGGAGGAGGCUCUGCUGACCGAGCGGCGGCUGCUGGACGAGAGGGAGGAGGCGGUGGCCGCGGAGGCGCAAGCCCUGGACGGUCCGGCCUUGGAGCUGCUGGAGGAGAAGCACGACCUCGUCCGGAAGAGCCUGGAAGGCAUCGAGCUGGGCAUCGCAGAGGCGCAGAUGAUGGUGGCGCUGUCCUCGCACCUGGGCUCCCUGGAGGCGGAGAAGCAGAAGCUGCGUGCGCAGGUGAAGCGCUUGUGCCAGGAGAACCUGUGGCUGCGGGACGAGCUGGCCGUGACGCAGGUGCGCCUGCAGCAGAGCCAGGAGGCCGUGGCCCAGCUGGAGGAGGAGAAGAAGCACCUCGAGUUCCUCAACCAGCUCAAGCACUACGACCCCAAGGACACACAGGCUGAGAAGGACGAUUCGGAGCAGAGGAAGGAUAGCCUAUCGUCCUUAUUCCCCAGCGACGAAGAUGAGCAGAGGCCAGGGGGACAAGGACCGAUGGCGGCGGCCGCAUCCGCGGCACAGCAAGGCGGGUACGAGAUCCCCGCUCGGCUCCGGACGCUGCACAACCUGGUCAUCCAAUACGCCUCGCAAGGACGCUACGAGGUGGCCGUCCCGCUCUGCAAGCAGGCGCUGGAGGACCUGGAGAAGAGCUCCGGCCACAGCCACCCGGACGUGGCCACCAUGCUCAACAUCCUGGCCCUGGUGUACAGGGACCAGAACAAGUACAAGGAAGCGACGGAGCUGCUCAACGAUGCCCUGGAUAUUCGGGAGCAGACGCUCGGCGUGGAACACCCUGCGGUGGCUGCCACCUUGAACAACUUGGCCGUCCUCUAUGGCAAAAGGGGAAAGUAUAAGGAAGCCGAGCCGCUGUGCAAAAGGGCCCUGGAGAUCCGGGAGAAGGUCUUGGGCACGGACCACCCGGACGUGGCCAAGCAGCUCAACAACUUGGCUCUCUUGUGCCAGAACCAGGGCAAGUUCGACGAAGUGGAGCAGUACUACCAGCGCGCACUGCGCAUCUACCAGACCCGACUCGGCCCCGACGACCCCAACGUCGCCAAGACCAAGAACAACCUGGCGUCUUCCUACCUGAAGCAAGGCAAGUACCAGCAGGCCGAGGAGCUCUACAAGGAGAUCCUGUCUUCGCAGGACGCGGAACUCGCCUCCGCCCGGAACGAUGAGAACAGGUGGGGCACCGGAGGGAGUUUGCACCUGAGCCAGGACUCCUUGGGGAGCUUCCGGCGCAGCAGCUCCUUCUCGCGCUUCCGGGAAUCCCUUCGGCGGGGCAGCGAGAAGCUGGUCUCCAAGCUGAGAGGGGACGGAGUCCGGAGGGUGCCCCCCGCCACCGGGAUGAAGCGGGCCACCUCCCUGAAUGUGCUGCAUGUUGGCGAAAGACCCCUCACGGCAUCUCCAACCCAGCCCCGCAGCCCCUUGACCAGUACAAGAAGCUUGAGCUCCAGCACUCAGGACCUUCCGCAUAGCAGUUCCACUUAGGAUGCAGCACCGGCGCUGACCCCCAAACCUUCUCCGCCCGAGGCUGGACCAAAGUCAUUCCUCUUUUGCCCGGAACGGAGCCUGGCCUUGCUUCCUUUGCAACAAACAGGGCAGAGACGGUCACUCCUGCCCGCCGCCCGCCCACCCUGCGAGGAAGGCCAGCGCCGAGGCCGGAGGCUAUUCUUACUUUCUCAGGAAAAGGAAAGCAGCACAAAAACACUCUCGACUGCCUUAAAACUCUUUUUUGAGCAGCAGGAGCAGGCCGCUGGCGCCCCAGGAGGACCUCCUAUUUAUUAUUCUUAUUUAUGCAUCAGGGACCCCCACCCCUCCCUCAACUAAUCCCUCAAUAAAAUAUAUCUAUAUAUAU